AUGUCUCAUUUUCUUGGUCGCCAGGACUGUAUAGAAAGUCUUCAAAAAGAUCUCGCCGACCUGGAAUGUGUCAUUGUGGAUGUUUUUUCUACAACCGGACCGAUGCGCGUGUUUUCAUGGAAAUUCCCGGACAAACUUUCCUGUAAUCUGGAUUUAGAUUUGAAUAAAUACAUCUUCAUAGACGGAGAUGCUGAAUUCAACCAGCAUGCUCACAUUGUUUUACUGGAGUUAGUGAUAGACAGGUAA